AGCCACGGCAACUCUCUGACUUGCCAUGGAUGCCAUGAAUGGCGCAAGAAGUGGCACCUUCUUUUGACUGCUUGGAGGAUGCCGACGCGCUGGACUGGCUUUGGCUCCACGAGAGGCCCUGGAAGGUCCUCGGCUUCUCCCCGGUGCAGGCGGAGAGACAGCACAGCCGGGCGGUGUUCGAGAACCUCCACGCCAAGCGCGACAAGUGCCACGAGGCGCUCUUUGGUCUCGGUCGGCUGCUGCUUCUCGACGGAAAGGCUGAGGAGGCCCUGGUGCUCUUGGAGGAGGCCCAGAAGAUCUGCAGAGACCCCGUGUACUCGGCCUGGACAGCCUGGGCAUUGCUCUUCAGCUCCCGGGACCUCAGCUUCCUGCAGCGGCCCUCGGUGCUGCAACGGUGCCAAGACUGCUGCGAGGAGGCGAAGGAGGAGAUCCUGGCCCUGCGCUGCCGCGCGCACCUGGACGCGGAAUCGGCCGCAGCAGCGGCGGAGCUGGAGCCGGUGGGGGGCUUCGCGCCCUACGCCAGGCAGCUGCUUAGGGGCUCCAAGGCGCAGCAGCAAGCGACGGUGGCGGCUUGCCGGAACUUCUUGGCCGAGGUGACGGAGGACAGCUCCGCCGCCGGCGCGCUGCUCGAAGGUUUUGGCCUGGCGCCGAAGCCCCGCGAGCGCCGGAAGCCCGCGAGAUCCGCGGCCUCGGCCAAGCUGAUGGUGCUGGACCUGCUGUGGCGCCACCUUCGCAAGCGCCCGGCCCGUGCGGCCGAGGUCGCCAUGCUGGCUGCUGGCUCCUUGCGCUGUGAUGUUGUUGCAUGGCAGCGAGCAGUCUGUCUCGCGCUGAAGGCCUUGGCUUUGGCUGGCCAGUGGCCGGAAUGUUGGCGCCUGGCCGCAGCGGAGCUCUCCUUCUGCCCAUCACGAGAGGUGCUGUACCAGUGCGGACGCCUGGCCCACUACGACGGAAGUCAUGAGGCCAUGGCGGCAUAUCUGCCGCAUUUGAAGGGCAUGCAGCCGCUGGUGCCCAACAGCGUGCAGCACUUCGUGGGCUUCUGGGCUGCCAUGCUGGAAUCCCCCAUCAAUCCACUGGUUGCUGCUGGAAGACUUCGGGAGCUCCUGCCUCAGCUCGAGGGCAACAAGAAGCGGCUUGCCGCUGAGGCCUUGAGCAAGGCAGGAGAGCUGGAAGCCAACGUGAAGAGGAUUUAUCAGGUCUCCAAUGCCAUUUGGUUGGAAGCACUUGGCAAGGCAACCUCGACCUUGUCGUGGCAAGAUGCAAAGCCGGAAGCAAAGCCACCGAGUCAAGGCAUUCCCAAGCCAGUGCACCAUCGACCUCCGGGAUACAGGGCACCUGGACCAAAGGCAGAGGCAGAGGCUUUGGGCACCGGUCAAGCUGAUGUGCCGUGGCGAGCAGUCUGCAGCGUUGCUACCCGACCAAGGCCUUCCUCACUGAGCCUGGCCCUGCAAAACGCCGCGGGCUCGGCAUGGAGCCUCUUCAACAACUGGCGAGCUGCUCAAGCAGCGGCAGCUGCGGCCAGCGAUGACUUCCUUGGCCUGCUUUGCAAGGGGCGGCUACACUUGCUACAUGGGGAGCUGGAAGAAGCUGACAGGAGAGUGCCAAGGAAAUGCAGGCGAUUCGCGAGAGCUGGCUUCAUGGGUUCGCGACCCGAUCAAAAGUCUGGAAGAAGCUCGAGGACCUGGAGCCGAUCCGAUCGGCUCGAGGCUCUGCUGGAGUUGUGGUGCCUCUACGAUGCGCAGCAGGCUCACAAGAAGGCUGUGCUGAGCGCACGGAAGGCGUUGGAGCUUUGCCAGGCGCCCCCGGACUUGUCGGUGGAUUUGGACCUCAUCCUCCGGCACAAGGUGUGGCGCGGAAGCGGCGGGGAGACUUUGCAGUGCCGCCCACGAGUGCAGCUCAUGUUGGCCAAGUCUCUGCGACGCUGUGGCUUGUGGGAGGAUGCGUGGCAAGUGCUGCUGAACGCUUCUCGGGAGGUGAUUGCCUCGAAUGCUGAGGCUUCGCUGCAAGGCGCCUACGGCGCCUUCCUGUACCAGUGCUUCAAGCUUUGCGUCCUGGCUGCGGAAGAUGCGCUGCGGCGCGAGGCUCCACUGCGCUGGGCGGCCUCGAAAGCCGAGCUGUGCGGCUUUUCCGUGGUCGUUCUGACAAGGAGGAGGCGUUGUCGCAGGACUGGCGCCGGCAAGCAGCCUGGUACACUAGGCAAUCAGACAUGUCCGCAGAUCGCGAUACGAGCCAUGAUUGAAAGGGUUCCUAUUGGGGUGCUAUGACAAUUGGCC